CGGGAAAACUACCAACCUAACACCACGUACUAGACACUCCGGUCGUACGUAAAUCUUAGUGAUUUUAGUGUUGCCGGGUUGUUUAAACAAGUCCAUCUUUUCCCAAAUUUCGCUCUGUCGCGAAUUCGCACUCACACUUUAUUUUAGAAUAAACGUGCGAAACGUGCUUAAAAUGUCGUCAAUCGAACGCAUUAAACAAAACGCAGACCUGGCAAAGCAAACAAUCCAGGAACUUAAAAAUGAGUUAAAUUUUCUCAACAAGGAAUACAACAAUAUUCUGGCCCGCGAACUGCGUGAGGAAAACGCACGUCUGCUUGCCGCAGUGGAGGAGGCAAAAGCACACCUCGUGAAACUAGAAGUGAAAAAUGGGAUUCCCCAAAUCCCGGUCCCUAACCAAACCUCACGUCCUGUCACCACCACUGCGGUGGGAUCGUCAGAGCCCCCCAAGGAGGAGCCUCCAAAGGCGCAAAAAGAGCCCAAACCCAAGAAAGACAAGAAGCCGAAGGAGGCCUCCCUUGAGCCCCCAGUGGACAUCGGGCGCCUCGACCUCCGCAUUGCGAAAGUCGAGGACGUGCAAAAGCACCCCGAUGCCGACUCUCUCUACGUUUUGAAAAUCAACUGUGGGGAAGACAAGCCAAGGACCGUGUGCUCCGGUUUGGUCAAACACGUCCCCAUUGAGGAGCUACGUGAUCGUACUGUGAUGCUUUUGUGUAAUCUCAAACCGGUUAAAAUGCGGGGAAUCACCUCCGAGGCCAUGGUCAUGUGCGCUAGCAGUGACCAAGGGGUCGAAGUCCUAACCCCGCCGUCUGGGUGCACCCCCGGCGAGCCCGUCCAUUGUGAGGGCUACACCCGACAACCCGACCCGGUCAUGAACCCCAAAAAGAAAAUUUUCGAAACGGUGGCCCCCGACUUACUCACGGACGCCACCUUGCGGGCGUGCUACAAGGGGGUGCCGCUCACGGUGCCCCACAAGGGGGCCAUCGUGGCCAAAAGCCUCGCUAAUGUUCCAGUGAAAUAAAACAACAAAUGACACCUAUAUGUUUAUUUAUGAUUAGGAAUAAAUUAACUCAACAAAUCCAUUA